UUUUUUUUUUUUUGGAAGCAACACAUAUUCCAUACUAAAUUCAUUUUAUUCAUUUCUCUUAGCUACUUGGUACCAUUCUCAAAGAAGCCAUACAUGGUCUGGAAGGUGGAGUGGAUACAGGACGAGAGGAAAAUAAAUGUUAUACACUGGAGAAAUCUUCCACUUCCACUGACAGUUGUCCUGGAGCAACAGGAGAUUGUGUUGUGACACCACAAUGUAUUUCUGAAUCUGUUGUGGACAUAACUGCAGAGGAAACUUUUAUUCCAUCUACAGAAUGUUGGAUAGAAAAAGAUUUCUGUAUUGAUGUUGAGGGAUUCCAUAGUUAUGUUUUUCCACGAAAAUUAACGAAAUCAGUACAAGGUGGGGGUUGUGUUAUUUUAAUACGCGAUGAAUAUAAACAAUAUGUUUCUUUCCUGGAGAAUAUGCACGACACUGUCAUAUGGCUUAAACUUGACCAGAUUUUAAUGCCAAGUCUUGGAGAUGUCUAUUUAGCUUGUGUUUAUAUACCCCCUAGUAGUUCCACGUUUUAUCAAACCUAUGACUGUGAUGUAUUUAGUGACUUAGAAAACCACAUUGUUGAAUAUAUGAGCCUGGGUAAAGUCAUGCUAAUCGGUGAUACUAAUGCUAGAACUUCUAACUCAAGUGAUUUUAUUCUACACGAUGUACUACAUAAUGAUGUUUUACGUGAUUUGAGAGAAUUGUUAUUCUAUGGUUCAGAUACGCAACUCCAAGUUAGAUCAAAUCCAGACAAGGUUGUUAAUGACUUGGGUAACAAGUUACUGUCUUUAUGUAAAAGUAGUGGGCUAAGAAUCCUAAACGGUCGGCACCAUUUAGGAAUGGACAAUGAUUAUACAUUUGUUGGACCAAGGGGUAUGAGCGUUGUAGAUUAUGUUAUAACUUCCCCUGAUGUAUUUCCCUCUAUUGAUCAGUUUAUUGUGUCAAAUUUUACUAUGUACUCCGACCACGCACCACUCCAUAUCAGAAUCAAAUCAGGAAAACAUAUUAUCCAAAACAUUAAUUCUACUGUUGAGGUAAAUCAAGAGUCAUCAUACUUCGUCUGGAACCAGGAACUUCAUUCACAGGCAAGGUCGACACUAUUAGAAAAUUCUCAGGAACUUAUGAAAUGCUUUGAAAAAUACCCGUGUGAGUCCCAAACCAGUAUCGAUGAAUCGGUCAAUUCGUUCACUACACGCUUGGCUGAUUUAAUGCGUUCUAGUUUUGAAGUCCCUAGAAAGUCUAAUAAAGGGGGCCAGCGCCCUGAUAGAGUACAUGAUAAACCCUGGUUUAACAGAGAGCUUAAAAGUAAAUAUAACACAUAUCGUGUAGCCUUAAACCAGUUCAAUCAUUACAAAAACAAAGAAAAUCACUUGAAUUUAAUUGAAGCAAAAAAGAAUUAUAAACAUUUAGAAGCUAAACUCAGGCGUCAAUAUCUACGAAAGGAGGGUGAUUUACUCGAACAUCUCCGUAAACAAAAACCGAAAAGUAUUCUACAAGCAUUUUCGAAAAAGAAAGCCAAAAAAUACUCCAAUAGACUUAGAAUCGUUCCACACUCAUUUUAAAGAUUUAGCUACAUUUGUUCCCACAGAAGAUUAUUCUAAUGUAGAAGACACAGGACCUACAGUUUUUAAUGAACUAGAUAUGGAAAUUACCGAGAAAGAAAUAUCCGAAGCUAUUGAUCAAUUAAAACG